CGGUCGUGAUCAGCUGUGUCCAAUCACAGCUGAUCUCAUGGAACAUGUACACUGAUGAUCAGUGUAGCCCCAGCAGUGCCACCUGUCAGUGUCCAUCAAUGCCAGCUGUCAAUGCUCAUCAGUGCCACCUGCCAGUGCCUACCAGUGCACAUCAAUGCCACAUAUCAGUGCUCAUCUGUGCUGCCUUUCAGUGUCACCUAUCAGUGCUGCCAGUCAGUGCCGACUGUCAGUGCCAUAUAUGAGUGCUGCCUUUCAGUGCACAUCAGUGAUGCCUGUCAAUGCCCAUCAGUGCCACCUAUCAGUGCCCACCAC